UAAUAUUCAUGGCGGAUUUCUGAAUCUGCUCGAAGGAAACGCAUCAUCUGCUGUAUCUUUCUACACGUCCAAAUAGUGGGAGCAACUUCAAUCUGUACUGGUUGUAAAAGUAAAUAAACAUCCUUAAAUUUAAAGGAAUGGCAGAAACAGGCUCAGAUCAAACAGGUGACAUGAAACAUGACAGCGCUUCAUCCCCUGGGAUCUCAGAUCAAGAGAAAGAGAUGGCAACUAAUGCUUUUAAGGCCUUUAAGGCUGAAAGCUAUGAUGAGUCCCUGAAAAACCUAGACAGCCUUCAGGAUUUGAACAAGGAGGACUACAAGAUUUUGAUGAAUAAAGCAGUCACUGAAUUCUUUAAAACUGGGCAGACUACAUCAGGCAUCCUGAAGCAGACAUUAAUGACCUUGAAGAAUCAGAUGCACACAGCUGUGGAGGAUAUAGAUGGUUUGGACGAUGUUGAAAAUAGUAUCCUCUACUACAAUCAAGCAGUGAUUCAUUACUACAUGCGACAAUAUUCAGAAGCUAUAUCCAUCGGGGAGAAGCUUUACCAGUUUCUUGAACCUUUUGAAGAGAAGUUUGCUCAGGCCGUUUGUUUCCUGUUGGUGGAUCUGUACCUGCUCACUUUCCAGCCAGAGAAGGCCCUGCAUCUGCUGGCCGUGCUGGAGAAACUGACCGUUAAGGAAGGAAACAACAAGAAUGGCAAAGGAGAGAGCUCCAACAGUACAAAUAAAGAGUCUGCUGCUCAAAAGGCAGAGUUCAUAGCUAUGAUCGAGGCAGCUAAAUCAAAGAUUCACCAGUAUAAAGUUCGAGCCUAUAUACAGAUGAAGUCACUGAAGGCCUGCAAACGAGAAAUCAAGUCUGUGAUGAACACAGCUGGAAAUUCUGCACCUUCACUCUUUCUGAAGAGUAAUUUUGAGUAUUUGAGGGGAAAUUACCGUAAAGCUGUGAAACUCCUCAACAGCUCAAACAUUGCAGAACAUCCUGGACCCUUGAAGACAGGUGAAUGUGUGAGGUGUAUGUUCUGGAAUAAUCUUGGCUGUAUCCAUUUUGCCAUGGGGAAACACAAUCUGGGUCUGUUUUACUUCAAAAAAGCACUUCAGGAAAACAACCACACAUGCGCUCAGCUUGGGGACAACAGUAAUGGACAGGAAGCUAAGAAGUUCACAGGCAUCCCCAUGUGUGCUUUGUUAGCUAAUAAGCGCUACGAGCUGCUGUAUAACUGUGGGAUACAGUUGCUUCAUCUCGGCCGGCCGCUGGCAGCAUUUGAGUGUUUGAUGGAGGCGGUGCAGGUGUAUCACUCUAACCCUCGACUCUGGCUCAGACUCGCUGAGUGCUGCAUCACAGCUAAUAAAGGGAGCUCAGAACAGGAAACAAAGGGUUUGCCCAGUAAAAAGGGGAUUGUACAGGCUGUUGUUGGGCAGGGCUACCAUCGGAAGAUUGUUCUAGCAUCACAGUCCACACAAAACACCAUCUACAGUGAGGGUCAGUCAGCAGCAAUUCCAGUGGCUAGUAUGGAGUUUGCGGCAAUCUGUCUGCGUAAUGCUUUGCUCCUGCUACCAGAGCACCAACAGCACGACAGCAAACCAGACAACAGCUCUAAGAGCUGCAGCCAGUCAGGCAGCAUGGAAAGUGGCAGCGAGACAAGCGAUGCCUGCAGUGGGAAGACUCAAGAGGGAGACAAGUUCAUUCCUGCUGCCCCCUCAUCGCCUUUGAGAAAACAAGAGGUGGAGAAUCUUAGGUGCUCCAUUCUAGCCUGCAGUGCAUAUGUGGCUCUUGCGCUUGGGGACAACUUAAUGGCUCUUAACCAUGCAGAAAAGCUCCUACAUCAGACGAAGCUGUCAGGAUCUCUUAAGUUCCUGGGUCACCUAUAUGCUGCUGAAGCCCUGAUCUCUCUGGACAGAAUUUCUGACGCUAUUGCACAUCUCAACCCAGAGAACGUUACUGAUGUCUCAUUAGGUGUGUCACCCAGCGAACAAGACCAAGGUUCUGAUAAAGGAGAUCUAGAGCCUUUGGAGUCCUCAGGGAAGCAGACUCCUUUAUGUUACCCCAGCUCAGUGAGCUCGGCCAGGGCCACAAUGCUCUUUAACUUGGGCAGUGCAUAUUGCUUGAGGAGUGAAUAUGAGAAAGCCCGCAAGUGCCUUCAUCAGGCUGCUUCAAUGGUGAACACCAAGGAGAUUCCUCCAGAAGCCAUUUUACUGGGUGUCUACCUAGAACUCCAGAACGGAAACACACAGCUGGCCCUACAGAUCAUCAAACGGAACCAACUCCUCCCCUCCGUCAAGCCUGUCUCCUCCCCUGACCUCCGCAAGAAACCUCCUCCCUUCCAGUCAUCCCAGCCUGUACAGCCCAUACAGACACCCUCUUCCUUUACACAAGUACAGCGCAAGUGAUUCCACCUGCAUACAACCCCCCAAACACAUGCAGAAAUGCAUCUUUUAAAAAUAUUAUUUAUGAGGCUGCAGCAACUCAGAUGGAUGGAUGGAUGGAGAUCACUGAUGCAAGGAACUGGAGAAUUGUGGACUGGUUGUCUGUUGAAGUCUGUUAGAAAUAUGUAUUAUUGUCUUUUGGGGUCAAUGAAAUUAUAAAUAAAUUUUAUUUACACUUACUGUUAGUGUGUGACAUUUAUGGGUUGGUGACUAAGGCUUUGUUCACACUGCACAUAAAUCAGAUUUUACAAGUCCGAUUUUUAGGACUGACUGUGCAGUCGUUUCGCAAGUUAUGAAAUCAGAUCGGUUCGAUUAGAUGGGUACUAGUCAAUAUCCGGUAUAUCUACAUUGGUUACCAUAGAAAUAAUUUAAGCAUUAGUGGGACUCUAGCAGACACAAGUAGCUCAAAAUGUGACAUUUUGCUGCAGUCCUGCUUGUAUUUUUCACAUUCAUGUAUUCAUGCUGUUUCCGAAAGUGCUCUUUCAGUACUCAAUAUAGUGAUUGACACAUGCGAGUGAAAAUUAAUGAAUUUAGGCACAACUAUAGACACUACUACUUAUUGUGUGUGACAUUAGUCAUGUUACAUCCUGAACAAACUACUUAAAAUCCAAGCUGACCGUUUUGACUGAUGCUUAAAAUAAUAAUAAUCUGAUUUUAAACCACUUUGGAUUUCAAACCACAGAUGUAUGUGGUAUGGAUUGGCCAUGGAAAUAAUGUUUUUUGGCUGUUCAGAUGCACCAACUAAAUCAGAUUUUUGCUGUCUCUCUGAACAAAGCCAAAGUGACCAAGUAUCCAGGUUAUUUGAACGUUUUUAAACUGGGGCUUAAAAGGAUUACAGUUUUGAAAUUCUGCAUGGAGCAAAUAUUGUAAAUUCCUAAAAGGAGAGAUGUAUCAUGUGGUAGUCUGGAAACAAAAAUCAAUGGAUCAAAGGUCAAAAAUUUAAAUGCCAUAAAAUCAUGAAGCCAUGAUCGACAUUAGUUAAAAUGUAGCAAAAAAGGUUUUUGUAAUAUUAUAAAGGUUUGGUUAUUGUAUAAAUUGAUUCCUCCUAUACUGGUGCAUAAAGACUACAAUAAAUGUCCAGUUGUCUCUGGCUACUCCUGUGCGG